UUAAUUAAUACAUUUUUCAAAGCGUUGGUCACACUGCAUAAAAAAAAAUUACAAUUGAGUGUUCACACUGAUUAUAAUGUAAAUUAUGUAUUGUAAUCACAAAAGUCUCUCCUUCGCGACCGACUUCGUUCAAAUAUACUUGUAUUUUUAAAAAUGGGUAGGGUAAUUCGUGCUCAAAGGAAAGGUGCGGGAAGUGUUUUCCGUUCUCACGUAAAACACCGCAAGGGAGCCCCUAAACUAAGGAACCUAGAUUAUGCAGAAAAAUAUGGUUACAUCAAAGGUGUCGUUAAGGAUAUAAUUCAUGAUCCUGGCCGUGGAGCUCCUUUAGCUGUUGUCCAUUUUAGAGAUCCAUAUAAAUAUAAAACUAGAAAAGAAUUGUUCAUUGCUCCUGAAGGUGUUUACACUGGUCAAUUUUUAUAUUGUGGAAAGAAGGCUAAAUUAAAUAUUGGUAAUGUUAUGCCUGUUGGUGUUAUGCCUGAAGGUACAAUUGUCUGUAACUUGGAGGAAAAAACUGGUGAUCGUGGUCGUUUAGCACGAGCAUCAGGAAAUUAUGCUACCGUUGUAGCUCAUAAUCCAGAUGCUAAAAGAACCAGGGUUAAAUUGCCUUCGGGUGCUAAAAAAGUUAUCCCAUCAAACAAUAGAGCUAUGGUUGGAUUGGUGUCUGGUGGUGGACGUAUUGACAAGCCUAUGUUAAAAGCUGGUCGUGCAUAUCACAAAUACAAGGCUAAGCGUAAUUGCUGGCCUAAAGUUCGUGGUGUUGCUAUGAAUCCUGUUGAGCAUCCCCAUGGUGGUGGUAACCAUCAACAUAUUGGUAAAGCUUCUACUGUCAAACGAGGAACUAGUGCCGGAAGAAAGGUUGGUCUCAUUGCUGCUAGAAGAACUGGUAGGAUUCGGGGAGGUAAAGUUGUUACCAAAAAGGGAGAUGAUUAAAUUGUUUACUGUCAUAUUUGUAUUUCAUUUUACAAAUAAAAAAUAAAAACCAAAAAUUUUGUUUUUUUU